GCAUACUUUCAAGUCUACUGAUCCGUAAAUUCAGCUGCCGGAAAACUUUGUUCGUCGGUGGCAGUCUACAAGCGCUCGGUUUCAUUGGGUCAUAUAUUGUAACAGACAACAAGUUAUUGUUAUUGACUCUCGGUCUUAUUGCAGGUACUGGAUGCGGUGUCUGUUAUACAGCUGCCAUGGUUGUUAUUAGUUACCAUUUUGAUCGCUAUUUGGGACUAGCAUCUGGGAUUGCUAUCAGCGCACAAGGAUUUGGGACAAUGAUGAUAAACGUUAUUGAAACUACUGUGAAUUACUACGGGUUGCGUAACUUUUACUUACUCUUAGCUGGGUAUGUCCUUCAAAAUAUUGUUUUUGGAGCUCUUUUACGGACGUCUGUGCACGAACAAAACCAUAGUAAAAAAGUUAAAGACGUCUCAAUACUGACUGGCAAAAACAACAUCGUUUACAAAUCGGAUGAAUCAGUCAACGAAAUAAAAUCAAAAUCUGAGAAUUUAACCAUCCCCUCCAGUGACCCCCCACAGAAUCCAGACGGACUGUAUCAACAUGAGAUUCAAUAUGACUGCGAAGAAAUCAACACUAAAACUAAGCAAUCUUACCAAGAAAGCUUGGGUAAAAACAGCAUUGAUAAAACUAAUGGUAAAUUAGACCAACCCUCAGAAGAUCCAAACAAAGAAAAAUCUACUGUUGAAAUUAAAAUGAAAGACAAUUUCGACUCGCAGCACUUGCAAUCUUUAGAAGCCCUAGACAUAGAUGUAAAUGGGCAACCAAGCAACACAUUCACUAAAGAAAAUCAUUUACAGAAAUCAACUAUAGUUAGCGACUGCAACGAAAAAGAAACCUGUUUCGGAAAAUAUGUGGAAAUUCUGAAGAAUUUCAGGUUUAUAAUAUUCAUUCUAUUCAUCUUUCUUUUCUCAUGCGCCGAAAGUAUCUUUUAUAUUCUGCUUCCAUCUAACUUCAUGGAAAACGGAUCGACAAAAGCACAAGUCGCGCAAAUAUUCUCUUUCAUUGGAAUCAUUUCUGCAUUUAGCCGGUUUCUAACCGGAUUAAUUCUGAACAAAAACAUUUUAUCACUCACUGUUCUAUUCUCGAUGCCAUCAUUUUUGCUUGCAAUCUGUAGUUACUUCGUGCCUUAUUUCAUCCAUAUAUAUUGGGGCCAGCUUAUAUACUGUCUUUUGUUUGGUACGUUCAAUUUCACUAUUUAUGCACUUAUUAAUAGAAUAUGUAUCGAGAUUGCCGGUGUACAAGGAACUGCUGAAGCUAUUGGCAUUAUCAUGUUAGCAUGGGGCAUAGGUUCCUUAACUGGAUCACCUGUCACAGGUAAAUAUUUAAUUGUACAUAUUUUUGUUUUGAAUUAGUUUAUUGUUAUUUUUAUGUUUCAGCCAAAGGAGGAACGGUAGCACAUAUGACCCUUUUAGAAAUCUCGAAACUGGAGGAAGAAAGAGCGUAAGUUAUCUUUAAACAGAAAACCCAGACUAAAUUCUAGCUACAAAGUGUUCUUUGUUAAGGGUAACGAAGGACCAAGUUGUUGUGUUAAACCAGGCCAUAGAUUGACUCUACUAUCCAAAAGUGAAACGGUGACUACGACGAACUUCCACACAAGUUUUAGCUGUUGCUGUUGUAGAUAUUACUGUGGUCAUCAGUAUUGUAAUUGUUAUUAAUGUUGUCUUUGUUGAUAUUUUCGUUGUAAUAGUUGCUAUUACUAUAUACG